CUUCCAGUUCCGCACACGCGACCUUGUCGGCCUGACUUUCAAGGCACCAAGUCUAUCUGGCUUGCCGGGCCAACCGUCACGCAACGACUCCCUCAUUUAUCACCGUGGCCCCCAUUCCAAAAUCCCUCUCCCCCGGCGGCCGAUCUGACGGGCAAUGGGGGAUGCCUCCUCUAUCUGCUUACACCCCCUUUGAGUCGCUCCUCUUUUUCCAGUCCCUCGCUGCCUUAGAUGCUCGACCCGCGAGUUUCGCGACCAUCUCUGAUGUUCUCCGCAACAAUUCGUUCAUUCGCCAAGAUGCCGCUUUCGAUGCCGGGCGACUCGCCCCGGAGGCCCUCGAGGACCUCUAUUCGACGCUGAUGAGGGAAGGUGUCGACUCGGUCGGUGUCGUCGCGGCUCAUGAGCCAAAUGGUCGCCAUGCUGAGAGUCCCGCCAAUCCGAAAAAGCGCAAGAUUAUGAGUCCGCAGCCAGAUGGGUUGUCCGGAAAAGGGUCCAGCCAUACAACCCUAAUGCCAACCCUGGUAUCGCGUUUGUACGCUAGGUAUAAGGAGCUGGUAACGAGGGAAAUACGGAACGAGGAGAGGAGAUACGCGGAGAUUCGAAACGAGAUCGAACAGCUACAGAAGGAAGAAAGCGAAGCACAGCCGGAGUCCACUAUGCGCCCACCGCAGCAGCCAGUUGCACCCCCGAAGCAAGAACAUGCGCCGGAGCCAAUGGACUUGGAUGUGAAGGAAGAGAGACCGCCCCAGCAACCUAUGCCCGCACCAACCCAGGCAAAGCCUCCGCUGCCAGUCGUGGACAGGACGCAAGCACAGUCUGUGCCGCAACCCAAGGACUUGCAACCGGAUAAGCCACCACCGGAGGCUAUGCCUCACCUAUCUCAGACGCCGUCACAACUCCCCGCGCAACCAGUAGGACAGCCACUCAAGGAUUUGGGCAGAGCGAUUCAGCCCCAACCUCAACAACCGCAGCGAUCGGCGCAACAACCUCCACCCAUCCCACAGAUGGCAACGGGCAGGCCACUUCAACCGCAGACACCAAAUGGGAAGACUUUUCCCGCCCCGCAAGCUAUUACCGUACCUCGGAAUGUCCCCGCGAAAGCUGGUGCAGCCGGUGUGACAUUCAUGUCGCCGCAGGUACCACCGACGAAUACACCCUCUUCGAAUCUUGGUGCUGGCAAACCGUCUGCUCCUAUGCAGCCACAAAUCAUGCCCAAGGCUAUCUCUACUCCACAGCCAUCCACCCCGGUUGGCAAGCCUGCUGCUAAGGUAGGCGGACCAGCCACAGCGUCCACUCCAGCUCCCCAGCGUCUUCCACCUCAGUCGAGUUUCCAGCAAUGGUCUCUGCAUCAACCUCCCCAGACACCUCAGCCUCAGCCUUCGCCUUCACUCAUCAAGCCGAAACCUGAGCCUUCGAGCAAGCCUCCCUUGGAGAGGCCUGUCCCACCGUUUCAGCAACCUAUACCCAGUGUUGAGAGCAAGUUGGCUCAACAGGGUCAACCACCAACACCCUUUCCUUCAACUCCGGGCCCAGUGCCCACAGCAGCGUCCUCACCGGCUUUGGGUGUUCCAGCUCCUGGCUUCCAGACUCCAGUAGAAACCGGGCGAGCUGCUCUAAUCCCAGGUCCACCAGGUUCACGUCCUUUGCGGCCAUCGAUCGACAUCACUGGCUCACUCACGCCUUGGAAGAGGACUCCGCGGUUGAGUCUGAGCAUACCUGAGUCUCCCCGCUCGCCAGACCGACCACGCCCGGAGGAGAUCAGUCCCAUCAGCGAGAAGGCUCCAUCCCCGCCUGGAUCUCGUGAAGCAACACCAGAAGAACCCGAGCCACGCCGUCUGAAACGCCGAACGGAUCGCAAGGGCAAUUCAACGAGCUCAGAGUCGAACCAGCCCGCCGUCGAUACUGAUGCAAAGCCAGGAUCGAAGAGGAAGGCGGACAAACUGACACCAUCCACCGCAAAGGAUCGAGAUCGAAGCACAGCGUCAUCGAGGAGUCGCGGACGAUCCGUCUUAUCGCGGGAUGACGAGUCAACCACGGAAAGCGCGUCUCAGCCUAAGGUCAAGCACGAGAUGCCCAGUACACCUGCUGGCGUACCUGAAAUCGCAGAGCCGGAACGUCCGUCAAUAAGUCGACCGGGCCGGGGGCGGCCCAAACGCAAGCGCGCCCCCAGCGAGGAAGCCGAACCUCCUCAGACCGAAGCCAGUCAGCUCAGCCGUCUCGACCCGAAUCAAUCGACCCCUUAUGUGCUGUGUGCGCGUAGUUUCCCAAGAACCGGUGCCCCCAUCAUGAAUGAUGUCACCAUGCACAAGCAUGCUUCUAUCUUCGCCAAGCCACUAGCGGAACGUGAUGCUCCUGGCUAUCGUGACCUUAUCUAUCGACCACAGGAUCUGAAAUCCAUCAAAUCAGUGAUGUACCAGGGCAGUAAGGCUGUUGCUGCGGCUACCGAGGCUGCUAGUACACCUGCUGGCGAUGGGGAGUCUCCAGCACCUGGUACAGGUACUCCUUCCAAGAAUGCGGUUCUGAUGCUCCAGAAGACGGAGGAUGUCAUCCCUCCCAAGGGUAUUGUCAACUCGGCCCAGCUUGAAAAGGAGCUGAUCCGGAUGUUUGCGAACGCCGUCAUGUUCAACCCCGUUCCACAGCGGGGCUUUGGACCGGGAUUCCCCAUGAGCAGCGAUAGUGGCUCUCGAGCAAGCACGCAGGUCCCCGAGCCCGACGAAGGAGGGAUCAUCAAGGACACGCUGGAGAUGUUCGAGGAUGUCGAGCAAGCCGUCACCCGAUGGCGGGCGGCCGAACGGACGGCCGACGAGCUGGCCAGCAAGAGCAUCCUCUCACUUCGACGCGGCAGUGCCAGUGAUCCCAUGACGGACAGUGCAGAUGAGAUCAAAGGCUCAUGAUUUUGUGCUGCGCUAUUUUACGA